AUGCUCGACGCUGAAGAGGCAGAGGAAGAGGUCCCCGAAGAUGUCGACGCGUAUAUGAACUCUGAUGAGGAAGGCGACCAAGGCCCGCUCGAGGAGAUCCAGCUUGUCAACGACAGUGUAGCGCACUUUGACGCGCACAAGGACAGCAUAUUCAGCAUCGCGCAGCACCCAACCAACCCCGCCAUCGUCGCGACAGGCGGCGGCGACGACGUCGGCUACAUUUUCGAGGUCAAGGUGAAGGAGCAGGAGCGGCCGCCACUGCCGGCCAGCUGGUCGGGCUCGCAGGCAGGCGACGCAUCCGCGCAGUCCGAGCGCGAGGGCUUGCAGCCGCUGCUCAAGCUCGAAGGGCACAGCGACUCGCUCGUCGCUAUCGCAUUCACGCAGCCCGCUGGUGAAUACGUUGUCUCGGGCGGCAUGGACGGACGGCUGCGCGCAUGGCGCGACACGUCCAACGGCGCGGGUCAGGCCUGGCAGUUUGUCGGCGAGGCGCAGGAAGUUGAGGAAAUCGCCUGGAUCACGACCUGUCCGCACCCGCAGUAUCCGAACACUGUCGCGCUCGGCGCCUCUGACGGAUCUGUCUGGGUCUACUCUCUCAACGCCGCCGAUACCGCUUCUCCCCUCACUAUUGUCCAGGCCUUCUACCUGCAUACCGCGCCCUGCACCGCCGGCGCGUGGACUCCCGACGGCAAACUUCUCGCUACUGUUUCUGAGGAUGCUAGCUUCUACGUGUGGGACGUGUUCGGUGAGGCGGCGGCGGCGGGAGUGACGAGCACCUCAUCUGGCCAAGCCGUCGUGGGUCUUACGGGCGACGACGAGCGCUUCCGUGUCGACGGUGGCCUUUACAGCGUGGCGGUCGCGCCCAACGGUGCGUUCGCUGCCGUCGGUGGCGCAGAGGGCCAUAUUCGUAUCGUGGGGCUCCCGCGGCUAGGGACCAACGCGUCCGCCACAAGUGGCGCGCGCGGCGGCGGCGCACGCAAUAAGUCUGGCACUGGCGCCUCCUCCGCCGCCGGUGGCCAGGCCGGCGCUAUCCUUGCUAGCAUCCAGAAGCAGGCGGACAGCGUUGAGACGCUUGCGUUUUCGGCACCGCCGCUGAACCUUCUCGCGGCAGGCAGUGUGGACGGUAGCAUCGCCCUUUUCGACACGGCACACAAUUUUAUCGCGCGCCGUCACAUCACGGGCGCGCAUGUUGACGAGGAAGAGGGCACUGAUCAGGCAGUCAUCAAGGUCGAGUUUGUGAAGCCUGCGGGCCAGGCGGGCCCGGCAGGCGCACCCGGCUCGUGGCUGCUCACGAGCUGCGGUAAUGAUGGCGUGGUCAGGCGAUGGGACACUAGAGGCGGCACCGCGGCCGCAGCAAGGGGCCUUGCUGGAGAGUGGAGGGGACAUAGGGGCGGUGGUGAGGGUGGUGGCGUCAUGGGUUUCGUGCAGGGUGGUGCGGGGAGGGUUAUCACGGCAGGAGAUGAUGGCGUGGCUCUCGUUUUCGAUACGCCAAUUGCUUGA